AUGGCCCAAGCUCAGGCGCAAUCCGCGCCGAAGCGGACUCAAUCGUCCACCUCCCUUUCCCGCUUUUACAAUGAUGGGAGUAACGGUGGAGGACCGAUGGGGGAGGAGGAAAUGCAGGAUCCAAGGAUGGACUUUUGUAAUGCGUUCUGGGGACAGGGAGAUAGGGGGUAUGAGGUGGUCAUGGCGAGAUUGAGAGGGGCGGGGAGGACACUGGAGGAGUUGAAGGCGUUCUGGAAGGAGAGAUCCGCCAUCGAAGAAGACUACGCCCGCCGACUCCAAAAGCUCUCCAAAGCCGCCAUGGGCAAAGACGAAAUCGGCGACCUCGCCGCUGCUCUCCAGAAUUGCCUCGUCGAAACCGCCCAACAAGCGACAUAUCACCAAUCCCUAGCAGCAGAGAUCCGGACGAACGUGGAGCAUCCAACGGCAGAGCUUGCGGCGCGUUUGGUGGGGUUCAAGAAGGGACAGCAGGCGGGUAUUGAGAAGGCUUGGAGGAAUAAGGGGUUGCAAGAAGGGCACGUUAGCAAGGCCCGAGAGAAGUACGAAUCCGACUGCCUCAAGCUGAAUUCGUACACCGCCAAUCAGGCCCUUACGCAGGGUAAAGAGGCCGAUAAGCUGCAGCAAAAGCUGGAGAAGAUCCGUCAGUCGAUCGGCCAGAGCGAGCAGGACUUUAGACAAUUUGUGAGGGUGUUGGAGGGCACGCAGGGGAAAUGGGAGCACGAGUGGAAGGCGUUCUGCGAUGUUGUUCAAGAUCUCGAGGAGGAUCGGCUGGCGAUGACCAAGGAUAUCAUUUGGGCUUUUGCGAAUGCCGUCAGCCAAGUCUGUGUCGAGGAUGAUAGUUCAUGCGAGCGGGUCAGGGAGAAGCUGGAGCUGUUCGAGCCGCAGGGUGAUAUGGUCGCUUUUGUGCGUGGCUGGGGCACAGGCGAUCAGAUCCCGGACCCACCAAGAUUCAUCAACUACUCUGCUGGCGAAUACCCACCCCAUUCCUCCUCCCACAUCGCCAACUUCCAGCGCGAGACCAACAAGACCCCUCUGGCGGCACUGUCGCAGUAUGUUCCGGACGUGCGAUCCGAGCCUACACCGAGCGAGGUGGAGAAGCCCCAGAGUAACGGCUUCAGCCUUCACGAUGGCCCGAACGGCAGCGCUCCGCCACCGCCAAGCGGGAAUGACAAGCCCAAAGCGCCAUUCGGCGGCGUCGCACUCCCCGGUAUGGCAUCCGCAUCCGCCCAGACCCCUACCUCCCCGCCUACCACCGAAGCCCUACCGAAGCGGUACUCGUCCAUGGGUCCUCCGGCACCCGCUACGAACAUGACUAUGCCUGAGCCCCGGGUGCCAUCUCGCCAGGGUCCUCCAUCGCCCGCUCCGAAUGCUCAGGUCGAUGAGGAAGAUCCGAUGGCCAAAGCGCUAGCGGACCUCCGGACGCAGCCGCCUUCUGGUUCCAUUCGGAGAGGUGCAUCCCACCGCCGGCCGGAGAGCAUGUACUCGUCUGUUGGCGCUGCGUCUCGGAAUGGAUCUGCGGUGGGACGUACGCAGUCUCCGGCACCUGGUACCGGCCCCUCCAACGGCAAUCGAAUGUCUUACCAAACCCCACCGUCCGGCGCGCUCUCGCCCCCUCCUGCUGGCCACACAGCCGCCGCCCUCGCUCGAUCAAUGGACGACUUCCAGCGCCAAUCCAACAAACGCGGCUCCGUAUCGUACAACAACGCCGGACAAGAUAUCGUCGGCGCACACCCUUCUAGCCGGUCCGCCUCCCCCGCGCCGAGCGGAAAUGGCGGUCGAGGUCCUUCGUCCGCCAUGAUGCAAGCCCCCUCCCAGCCCGCUACGCACGUAGCGGACGGGGUACUCAGCCAGUACCACCAAGCCUUCCCCGGCGAGCGCGAGCGGGAACGCUCAAGGUCUCGCGCUGGAAGCGUGACGUCGCAUGUCUCGGGCGCUGGAUCAUUCCACGCCCCAAUUGCGCCUGGACCGCCCGCUAGCCCGACGCCUAGAGAAGGGUUCUCGGGUAUUGGCGCAGGUGGUAGAUCGCCUAGCCCUCACCCGCCACACUUUGCCUCGCCUGGUCCAAGUCCUAAUAUCUCCGGACCAGGGCAGGGGCAAGGGCAAGGACCGGGCGGGAUGGGAACGGGGAACCUGGGACCGCAGAAUAUGGGCAUCAAGCUCGAUGCGGCAGGCGGAGUCGCACAGGACAGUAUGGCCGAGGCGUACCGGAGGCAGUAUCAGCAACAGCAGGGAUUUGCGCCGCCCCAGGCUGGCGGACAAGGCGUCGGCGCCGGAUUCGGGGGAUACCUACCCCCAAGGUCGGACUCGCAUCCGCAGCAGCCGCAACAGCAGCAGCAGCAGUCGUAUGGCGCUCCCUCGCCCGCUGGUCCUGCUUCUGUCGGUCUCGGGCUCAAGUCGCCGACCGGCCCACCACCCGUCUCGUCUCAGCGCCCCACGAGCGCGUACGGUCAACAGCCGCCUCAGCUCCACCAGCAGCAGAGCUACCAAUCUGCUGCGCCCGCCCAAUUCGGUCGGCCGACGUCUGGUAUUGGAUCUUACAGCCAAGGAGGUCACAGCGGGCAGUCGGGAUACCAGCAGCAACCUCAAUCCCAGCAGGGUGGGUACCAGAAUGCUGCGGCCCCGCCGAGUGGGUACUCGAACUCAUACAUGCCCGGACCCGGACCGGCCGCGCCCGCGCCCGCUCCUGCGCCGGCGAUGCAGCACCAGCCGUCUUACGGAGGCGGAGGGCAGUACGGCGGGCCCCAGAACCCGUUUCACCGCGCAGCGUCCCCUGCGCCCGGUCCUACUCCCGGAAUGCACCAGCCCCCGCCUCAGCAACAGCAGUAUGGUCGGUCCGCCUCGCCCGCACCUCCUCCGCAGCAGCAGCAGCAAAGCCGGAUGCAGCGGAGUCCGAGUCCUCAGCCCGGGGUGGCGCCUGUCAAUGCGGCGCCAACGGGGCAGUGGAGUACGACUGGAUUACCUGUAUUGUUUUACGUGAAGGCGCUGUACGACUACCAAGCGCUCUCAGCCGUCGAAUUCGAUUUUCAAGCGGGCGAUAUCAUCGCGGUGACGUCUACGCCGGAUGAUGGGUGGUGGUCUGGGGAAUUGUUGGAUGAGGCGAGAAGAUUACCGGGACGGACGGAUUUCCCUAGUAAUUUGUGA